CAGUACUACACCUAUCCGCAGUGCCGCGCGCUGUACCAACACCCUUCGCGCUGGCUUCGCGACGGGCUUCAUUAAAUGACAUAAUCGUAUUUUCUUACUUUGCGCUAAACACGACAUUUCUUCUUUGGCCCCGGCCAACUUGAUUCGCACGAAAAUGGCAUCGGCCGAUGCGAUCGAUGGUGCAGCCGUCGUGGCUCUCGAAUCACGGACAGUGACGCCAAUUGCGCAACUAGACCCAGAACUCCCCGACCAGAACUCACGAAGUGUUCGAGGAGAGAUCACCAUCACAUGGCCCUAUAACAGGGUCACCCAUACUCUCGCUUUCCUACUCGCCGAGCCCGAUGUACGCCUCCGUCGAACCAAAGGUCAAGUGCGGGUGCAGCUCCAUGGACCAAGCGCGAAGGCCGUCGCCGACUGUGGACUGGGAGCUUGCGAUGAGGUGUUGCUCAGUCUCGACGGCGUCGAGUGGACAAAGGACGAGUCGCCCGGGAGCAUUCCUGGAGCUCGAGUAGACUGGCAGUUGCAGUUCAACAAAAAAUUGGUACUUCAGGUGAAGCUGAACGGAUCCGACGAACCGAAACACAUCAACGUCGACAGCGAACAAACCGAGUUGCCAGAUGAGCUGCCAGAACCGUCGGCGAUACAGCAGCUGGAGCAGACUGUGAUCGAACCAGAACCGUCCGUUAUCGAAAAGUUGUCGGCUAUUCGAAAUGUCCCAGAUAUUGCUUUGAACGAAUACCCAUCGCCUGCUUUCAUCAAGAGGGCUAGAAUUUCAUACGGCUCCCUUUUCGAGGAUGGACUUGACAUAUUCGAGGAGGAUGGCGGCAUCAAGGGCAAAGGUCGCAAGCGAUCACGCUUCGCGCGGAAGAGCAAUACAUGGAGAUACUCCAGUAAAUCCCCGACUCCCGAACCGGAACCUAUGCCCGAGGAAGACCCAGUGAGUCAGGCACAGUCACCGGAUCACGAUGCUAUGGAGGAAGAUACGGUUACAGAAGCGCCUGCACCAAAACCUAAAAUGACGGAUGGAGCCAGCCAGACCGUGGAAUCUGAGAUGACGUCCAUCCCACCGGCGGCAUCCGAGCAGGCCCCAACAGAAAAAGUGGAAGCAGUUCCACGCCCGGCCACUUGGGAGAAGGUGGAUAUUGGAAACCAGGAGACAUCAAAGGAUACCGCGCUUCAAGAGACAGAAGUGGCCCACGCCGCCUCUCACAUUCUUGGUAUGGCAAAUGGAACCAUAAACCAGUCAUAUCCAUACCAACAUACCGACAACCAAGCUCACCCACCGGCUAAUUCGCUAUUUGGAGCUUCGAAACCCAUGGUAUCUGGCCUUUCCAUGUUCGGCACACCGGCUAGUGUCCCUGUUGAGUCCGAUUAUGGUAUCGCCGACCAAGUGAGGUUUGGUUUUUCGCACACACCUCAGGUUCCCCAGUCAGGAGUUCCAGAACCACAGAUGCACGUUGCGCCAGAACCUGGACCGUAUCCAGACUCUUACCUUGACCAUUCCAUCCCCGCUAAGUACGAGGGCAUGGAGUCGUACAUGAACAUUGCUCAGAGUAAACCCGAACUGCAACAUGGCCAGGACUAUAACCUAGUACCAGGGCCGACAGGUACGGAGAGCUUUGAGCAAGGCCAGUGGGAGAUGGCAACUCAGGCACCGCAUUACAACCCAAUUGAGGGUGGUCACUUUGGGGCCGAUGCUCUCAACCAAGGUACUCCAGCCAUUAUCGAGGAUCCUUCGUUGCAUGCCGAUCCGACUCGUCCAGAUCAAGUUCCGAAAGGCUUCAGCAGCUACGGCCCGGGCACCGAAGGCCUUGUUGGUUUUGAAGAGCCCGAAUCACGAGCAGAAUCCGAACAAGAUGCCGAGAGAUCUGAAAUCGAGGAGCUUGUGGAGAACGAGGAGCUCAACGAGGCCGAUGAAGAUGAUAUCGGUGUUGACGAUGAGGUCAAAUACGACGAUUAUGGAGAGGAAAUCGAAGAAGGUGACUAUGACCAACGCGAAUACAACAAGCCUCAAAGCGACGACGAGGGAAUAAGUCAAGACGACGAAGAAGUUGAGCUGGAGGUUACAGAGCGAUAUGGCGAGGGCGACGUCUACGAUGAAGAUGACGAAGACGAGGAAAUGGACGACUAUGCCGAAGACUGGGAGAGAGAGCGCACGCGGUAUGAUGAUGAGGAUGCGUACGAGUCCGAGGAUCUUGACCUCGGUCAGCAUCCUCCCGGGCGCGCACCAGCUGCUGCCGCACCGGCGGAUCCCGUCGUUAUAAGCUUGCUAUCAGAUUCGGAGGACGAAGAUGAGGCUCCUCCACCACCUCAACCAGCUCCCCCUACGAGCAGACGUACGAUGGCUCGACAACUCAGCAUUCGCCAUUCAUCCCCGCCCGUGCGCGCACCUACGACUACAGAAGGCACCAGUCUUCAGCAAAUAGAGAAAUCUCCGCCUGCCGAAAAGGAUCAGCCUGCCGAAGAGGAAGAACCCACCGUUAAGCAACCUGUUGUGAAGGAAGAGCCUACUGAGAAUCAAUCAAAACCAUGGGUCGGACACCUUGAUAAACCAUCUUCAGCAGAUCAGAAGGACCAUGACCUCCAGCCCAAAGAGGACGCAAAGCCACUGGAGUCUGCGAUGGAGAUCGCUCAUACAGAACCGGCUGCUAUCACAGAUGCUGAAGUGGCUCCAAGUUCCAGUGUAGCAGAUGUCAAGGAUGUUAGCAGUGAAGUGGGGAGUCCCGCACAGGAAACCGAACCGCCCAAGACUGUCGUCACUCUAUCAACAGAGCAAGUCGAAAAGCACGAAUCUGGCUCCAAACCUGGUGAAGAGGCUCUACCCAAGUUAGCAGAUGAUCAACUCAAAGAGCAUCAGGAUAACCCCAAGUCUGAAUCCGACGCCAAUGACGAAACAUUCGAAGGGUUCUCAAGUGAUGCAGAAAUCGUUGAGCGGCCUGAGGAAGAGUCCGAGUCGGAAGAAGACGACGAGAUGCUUGACGAGGAUGAGGAAGAGAAUAGUGAGAUUGCGGAGGAAGACGAAGAACAUGAAGUCGAAGAGCAGAAUGGCAGUGAACAUGUUGUGGAUCUGCUUGACACGACCAGUGAGGAAGACGACGAAGAAGAAGAGGAGGAACAUGGGGAGGAUGAUGAUAAUUUCGAGCCGGUUGACAGCGAAAGCGAGGAAGAGGUGCUUGAAGAGAUUGACGAGGAGGACAAAGCGGCGGUGGAUGAGGAAGCCUUCGAGAAGGUAGAAAAGGACGAUGGGAAAGAGGUCUUUCUUGAAGUGGAGGAGGAGAAGAAGAUCGAGGUUGAGCAGGAGGUUGAAGAGAAGGUUGAGGAGGAGAAAGCAGGAGGAGAGGGAAAUGUCGACGAGAAGGCGGUCGCUGCUGAGGCCACAGACAUCGUUGAAGAAGUCAAGGAGACCGAUACUGGAGUUUCAGAGGUCAAGGGCGCCGAACCCGAUAUUCAAGAGGUCAAAGCCGAGAAAGGCGGUGUCAAGGAGACCGCAGAGACCGCUGAUGAGCCCAAAGAAGAGAAGACUCAAGCUGACCAGAGCGAAGCUCAGGGCCCGGCGAAGUCGCCCGUCGCUGUUGAAGAGACGGUGCAAGAAACCAUAAUCAUCCAUGAAGAGCGGGCAGAGACCGACAGUGUUGGUACCAUUAACGAAGCUGAGCCGAAAGCAUCGCUUACGGUUACUGCCCCUGCAGAUGAAGGGCAGAAAACACCUGAUCGCGUGGAGGAGGCUGAUGAAAUGGAAGCAAUCCAACAUCAGCUCUUCGAAGACAUGGUCCGUGCGUCCAGAGAAGCCAGCAUGAUGGAAGUCAGCGACGCCGAGCACGUCUCCCUCAUGUCACAAGAUACCCCCAGACCUAUUCAACUUGACUCGGAUGAGGAGAUGGGAGAUGGCGAUGAUGAGGACGUAGAGAUGGCAGACGCGGCGACUCCUAGGCCCGAAACCCAUACCGAGGAGGGCCAGAUGUCACAGGCAGUUGAAGUCGAAAUGACGAGCGAGACCAUCGAAGUCGACUCGGAUAGCAUGUCAGUCACGCACGAAGAGUCUGUCGAGGUUGAAAUCACCGAAGCACCGCACGUGCAGGAUUCUCCCAUGGAGGAUGCCGAGAUGGUAGUUGAGGUUGAGGAGGAGACCCAGGUCACUGUCGAGAAAGAAGUCACAGUUACGGAAACUCCGGCAGCUCAGCAACCACAAGCAAGCCCAUCUGCGACUGUAGAUGUCAUUGACCACGCUCCCCAGCAGGCUGUUCUUCCCUCUUCUCCCUUGACUCGGCCUUUCGCCAGCCAUGUAGCAGGAGAUGAAGUUAUGCUGGUUGGAUCCUCCUCACCAGCAAAGGAAGCUGUCCACCAAAAACCACUUCCUACUCCUGAUCAGAGCGGCCUGCUUGGUCAGGAAGUGGCAGAAUCCUUGCAGCCCGAAGAGGCUCAAGUCGCUACUGAGACAGUAAUCGAGGAGUCCACGGAGAUUGUCACUCAGGUGGAAGUGGUUGAGGAGAUUGAGACAACCACAACAGAACCUCAAGCAGCCACUACGGAGGAGGGUGUCGAGACUCAAGAUGAGGUUUCACUAAUAGUGGUCGAGGAGAUCUCCGAGGAGCAUACCCAGGACCUCGACAAGGAUCAAGCCGACGAGACGGAUGCCGAUACUCAACCUUUGAUGGUCUCCUACCACGGUUUCGAGGAGACAGACCAGUCCAAGCAAGCCACUCCCACCAAGGAGCAAGCACCAUCCACCACCGAGCCCACCGAGGAGGAAACCACGAUGCAAAAGGAAGAGCCAUCCCAGACGACCGUCACUCCAGACCAGUCCCGAUCCGCUGAUGACAAGGACGCCGACCUCGGCGUUAAGCUCGCCCGACAGGCCGUGACAGCUUCCGCUAAGCGCGGAAGAAAGCAACAGCCAGCUCUCGAGCCUCUACGUACGAGCGCGAGAAUCACCCGCGCCCGCUCCAGAAGCGAGGUCCCCAAGAGCGCCACCACCGAAGAAAACGAUGACGCCAAAGCCACCGCGCUAGCCUCUCCCUCCAAGCGCAGCUUCGCUUCAUCCUUCAACUCUGCCUCUGCCGCCGCCUCUGAGGAUAUCACCACCCCACAACCCACCACCUCGCAUCCCGACGAGAACAACAACAACAACAACGACAACCCAGCUGCAAACGAACCUAUAAGCAACGACCCAGCAACCCUCAAACUCUCCCUCUCCCGCCUCCUCCGCACCCAAUCACAAUUCGCCUCCUGCCUCACCCUAAAGUCCAUCCGCAACAACCUCGGCAAAAACGUCGACAUCGUCGCCAUGGUUUCCUCCAUCCCCACCAACCCUACCAGAGCCAAGGGCGGACCAAGGGAGUACAUGAUGAGUUUCAACGUCACCGACCCUUCCACCGCGCCCACGCAUGUGGUAGAAGUGCAGAUGUACAGAGCCCAUAAAGAGUCUUUGCCGAUUGUCAAACCCGGUGAUGCGAUUCUGCUGAAGCAGGUGGAGAUUAGGUCGAUGACGGCGGGGAAGGGGUUUGGGUUGAGGACGGGGGAGGGGUCGGCUUGGGCUGUUUUUGAGGCUAUGGAUGAGGAGGAAAAGGAUGGGGAUGAUGCUAAUACUGCUACAAGUCAACCACCGCAGAUUAAGGGACCGGCGGUGGAGAAUUGGGAGGAGUUUGGUGGUUACAUGGUUAUGCUUAAGAAGUGGUACAGGCUGCUUUUGAAGGAUGAGGCGGCGAAGGGGAAGUUGGAGAAGGCGGUUAAGAAGUUUGAGAAGUGAGAGUUGAGAUACAGGGUUAGAGUCGGGGAAGGUGGCUCGUCGAUCAAUCAGGGCUUCAAGCUCAUAUGUAGUACUUGGAAGAUAUUUGCAUCGUGAUGGAAGACAUUAUGGCUCAACUUGGC